CAGGAAGGGGUGUGUCCAUGCAAGGAGGGUGGGGUCGAGGCCACGCCUCCCGCCGCCCUACCUUAUAUAAGUGGUGUGCGUCAGACAGACGUGGAGUUCGACACAAAGACACUUCCUGUGUGACAACUUCUUGCAGGAUCUGAAGAAGAUGGCGGCCCACAAAGAGUUUGAGGCGGCGGGGAAGAAGCCGGGCCUUCAGGUGUGGCGCGUGGAGAAGCUGGACCUGAAACCCGUCCCGCCCGAACUCCAUGGAAACUUCUACACGGGAGACUCCUACAUCGUCCUCCACACCACCACGGGGCCGUCUUACUACGUCCACACCUGGAUCGGCGCAGAGACCUCCCAGGACGAGAAAGGGGCCGCCGCCAUUUUCAUGACCCAGCUGGACGGCGCCCUGGGCGGCGCCCCCAUUCAGUUCACCGAGUUCCAGAACUACGAGUCCAUUUACUUCAUGCGGUACUUCAAGAGGGGCAUCAAGUACCAGAAAGGGGGCGUGGCAUCAGGCUUCAAGCAGGUGGUCACAAACGACGUCAACGUCAAGCGUCUGCUGAAGGUCAAAGGUCGGCACCAGAUCCGCGCCACAGAGAUGGACUUGUCGUGGAAGAGCUUCAACAAAGGAGACUGUUUCAUCAUCGACUUGGGCAAGGACAUCUUCCACUGGGCAGGAAGCGAGAGCAACCACUACGAGCGCCUGAAGGCCACGCAGGUGGCCUGCGACAUUCGCGACAACGAGCGUCGAGGCCGAGCGACGCUGCACCUGAUCAACGAGGGCUCUGAGCCGGAACUUGUCCUCGAGGCGCUGGGACCGCUGCCCCCGCUGCCGGCAGGAAGUAGUGACAAGACGGCGCACGCCCCUCACCCGGCCUCGCUGCACAUGGUGUCCAACGCCGGCGGCGAGGAGGUGAAGAUGAGCAAGGUGGCCGACAAGAAUCCCUUCAAGCAAGACAUGCUGUCCCACAAGGAAUGCUACCUGCUGGACAACGGGCAGGACAACAAGAUUUUCUUCUGGAAAGGACGCGCGGCCAACGAGGACGAACGUUCUCACGGUUUACAAAUUGCCAACAAGUACAUCAAAGAUAAGAAUUACUCCUCCCACUGCCAGGUCCAGGUUCUGCCCCAAGGGGCCGAGACCACCCUUUUCAAGGAGUACUUUGAGAACUGGCUGGACAAGGACGAGUCCACCGGACCUGGCAAGCAGUACACCAUCGGGAGGAUCGCCGUGGUCAAGCAGAUCCCCUUCGACGCCUCCAGCCUCCACGGCAACGCCAAGAUGGCCGCCCAGCACGGCAUGGUGGACGACGGCUCCGGCAAAGUCCAAAUCUGGCGAGUGGAAGGAGGAGACAAGGUGGCGGUGGAUCCCGCCACCUACGGAGAGUUCUAUGGCGGCGACUGCUACCUGCUGCUGUACACCUACAAGCUGGACGGCAGAGAGAAGCGCAUCAUCUACAUCUGGCAAGGAAACAAGUGCAGCAAGGACGAGCUGGGCGCCUCCGCCAUUUUGGCCGUUAAACUGGACGAUUCCAUGGGAGGCGUGGCCACUCAAGUCCGUGUGACUCAAGGCCAAGAACCUCCUCACCUGCUGAGCCUGUUCAAGGGCCAGCCCCUGGUGGCCCACCUGGGCGGGACAUCCCGCAAAGGUGGCGACAAGACACCGGCCGCCACGCGACUCUUCCACAUUCGCCAGAGCCGCAACAAAGCCACACGGGCUGUGGAGGUGGUGGCGGACGCUGCGGCGCUCAACUCCAACGACAUCUUUGUGCUCAAGUCCCCGAGCGGGAACUUCCUGUGGAAGGGCCGCGGAGCGACGGCGGAGGAGAUGGUCGCCGCCAAACACGUGGCGGGCAUGCUGGGCGCCACCCCCACUGAGGUGGCAGAGACCAAAGAGACCGCAAGCUUCUGGUCGGCGCUGGGCGGGAAGAAGCCCUACCAAACCUCGCUGGUCCUGCAGACCGCCGUGGUGAGGCUUCCCCGACUCUUUGGAUGCUCCAACGCCAGCGGCAGACUGACGGUGGAGGAGGUCCCUGGAGACCUGACCCAGGUUGACCUGGAGACCGAUGACAUCAUGAUUCUGGACACUCAUGAUCAGAUCUUCAUUUGGAUCGGGAAGGACGCCAACGAGACGGAGAAGGGGGGCUGCAUGCGCAUCGCUGAGGACUACGUGAACUCUGACCCCUCCGGUCGCCAUGGUACCCCCAUCAGCAUCAUCAAACAGGGGGAGGAGCCCGCCUCCUUCACUGGCUGGUUCAUGGCCUGGGACCCCGUCUUCUGGGACAAAGACCCCUUGGCCGGCAUGCAAGUUGCACAUUAGCGUCUCUAAAAUCCUGCGUGAAAAAGAAAAAAAAAACCUUAUUGCAAUGAACGCUUGCGCUUUAUAGAUCCAACAUAAGUUAGGAACCACUGUACCCACAAGCUUUAUAGAUCCAACAUAAGUUAGGAACCACUGUACCCACAAGCUUUAUAGAUCCAACAUAAGUUAGGAACCACUGUACCCACAAGCUUUAUAGAUCCAACAUAAGUUAGGAACCACUGUACCCACAAGCUUUAUAGAUCCAACAUAAGUUAGGAACCACUGUACCCACAAGCUUUAUAGAUCCAACAUAAGUUAGGAACCACUGUAC